UCAUAUAGGGGUUAGAAAAGGAAGCUGCCUGGAAAGCGUUCCCUUGCUCUGCCAAAAGAGGUUGCCCUUACGCUUCGCCUAUACUUAACCCCCGCUCUUUUUUCUCUCUCGAUCGAGCAUUUUCAAAUCUCGAGUGAGCGAGACCCGUUAUUGGAUUGCAGUCAUGAUGGCGGGAUUGAAGAUGGCCAUCGUUGCUCUGGUUAUCAUCUCGGUGAGCCUCGGAGGUAAAUGGGUUGGAGUUGGAGCCCAAGUGCACCAUGUGGUCGGAGGCGACCGUGGCUGGGACCGUUCUUCCGACGUCUCUUCCUGGCCCUCCGACAGAAUCUUCCGGAUCGGAGACAAAAUCUGGUUCACGUACUCUGCAGCGCAGGAAAGCAUCGCUGAGCUGAAAAGCAAGGACGAAUACGAGUCGUGCGAUGUAAGCAACCCUAUCAAAAUGUACACGGACGGCUUGGAUACCAUUUCGCUGGACGAGGAAGGGAUCCGGUACUUCGCUAGCAGCAACCUUGAAAGCUGCAAGAACGGCCUGAAGUUACACGUGGAGGUGCAGCCGGAGGGUACACCUGAAAUCCCAAAAGUUUCCAGGUCAGGGAGCACCGUUUCGGCCGUGGCCGCUGGGCCCACUUCUGGUUCGGCCCAUCUCAUUGGGAGCUUUAUCUUGUUAGCCAUUGGAUUCCUUUGCUAUAUUGUAGGUGUCUAGAUGCAGUCUCUGUUUGCCUUUUGUGUUACGUGUUUGAUCGGUAGUAGUAAAUGACGAAGGGAAAAUGACAAGACUCGGGAGUUAUGUGGAUUCCUCAUGUAGUAAUUUCAAAUUAGCAGUAAUUUGAAAAGUUACUACUUUUUUAUCAGUUUGGGUGGGAUUUGCUUAUUAUCGAUGACAAAUGAUGAAAAUAUUAGCCUUUGUAGCA